AGAGGAUCUCAGAGCAACAAAGCGCCGAUCGGUUGUAGAAUCAGCGGAGUAGUUUCGUUUCGUUGAUCAAGUAUCAGUUAUCUCCAUCUGUCUCUGGACGUCUGGACAAACCUCUGACUGACUUUUAGCUGUUUUUUUUUCUGGAUCAUUUCCCUCUGAAUGUGCCGAUAGCGUGCUGAGCUAUUGAUUCAGUGAAGAUGUCCGAAGCCCAAAUGCUGGGAUGCUUAUUGAAGCAGCGACUCACCGAGGACGCUGAAGAGCUAUUUGGGCUGUUUGAAAGAACGAUAGCAGAGUACGAGGAGGAAGCUUCUAGAUUAAAAGAGGACAACGAGCGACUGAAGAAACAUCUGCACGCUGUUUUUAACCCUGAAGUCCGCAUCCAAAGAGCAGACCUGCAACAGCUGUGUGUGCCUAGAGAAGAGCAGCAGGAGGACCUAGAGCCCCCCCAGAUUAAAGAGGAACGGAAAGAUACAGAGCCCCGCCACAUUAAGGAGGAGAAAGCUGACAUGGAGAUCUCAUUCACUCCUGUGAAAGGUGAAGAAGAUGAAGAGCAACGUCAGUCUUCUCAGCUUUAUCAAAGACAAACUGACCAGAUGGAGACAAACAGUGAUGGAGAGGACUGGGGCGGACCAGUAACGGAGAAGACCUUGAGUCCAAAUGGAUCUUCAUUACCAGGAACUGUUGAGAAGAAUGGAGGUUCUUCUGAGACUGAGGACAGUGAUGAUUGGGAUGAGACCAGAGAACCUCAAUCAGGUUUAAACUCUAAUAAUAAAGCUUUUGUCAGCGGUUCAAGAUGUAGUGAGAAACCUUUGAUCUGUUCUGAAUGUAACAAAACAUUUGGUAGCUUUAAAUAUCUGAAAAGACACAUCAUGACCCACACAUCAGAGAAACCUUUCAGUUGCUCAGAUUGUGGUAAAUGUUUUACUACAAAUGGUAGCUUAAAGACACACAUGAGAUGUCACACAGGGGAGAAACCUUUCAGUUGCUCAGAUUGUGGUAAAUGUUUCACUCAAAGUGCACAUCUAAAGACUCACAUGAGAUGGCACACGGGGGAGAAACCUUUCAGCUGCUCGGUGUGUGGUAAAUGUUUUACUGCAAAUGGUAGCUUAAAGACACACAUGAGAUGGCACACAGGGGAGAAACCUUUCAGUUGCUCAGAGUGUGGUAAAUGUUUCCGUGCAAGGGGCCGUCUGAAUGAACACAUGAGAUGUCACUCACAGGAGAAACCUUUGAGCUGCUCUGAAUGUACCAAAUGUUUCACUGAUAUACAGACACACAUGAGAUAUCACACUGGAGAGAAACAUUUCAGCUGCUCAGAGUGUGCAAAAUGUUUCUAUCGGAGUAAUAGUCUGAAGAUACACAUGAGAUGUCACACAGGCGAGAAACCUUUCAGCUGCUCCGAUUGUGGUAAAUGUUUCACUCAAAGUGCACAUCUAAAGACUCACAUGAGAUGUCACACAGGGGAGAAACCUUUUAGCUGCUUAGCGUGCGGUAAAUCUUUUACUACAAAUGGAGAGUUAAAGAAACACAUGAGACGUCACACUGAGGAGAAACCUUUCAGCUGCUUAGCGUGUGGUAAAUGUUUCACCGAAAAACGCAAACUAAAUGCACACAUGAGAUGUCACUGUGAGGAGAACAAACUAAAUACACACGUUUUUCUGUAAGUGUAAAUUUGAAAACACACAUGAGACUUCACACAAGUGAGAACUUUUAGCUGGACAGAGUGUAGUAAAUGUUAUACUCGAGGCGAAAAGCUAAAAAUCCACAUGACAACUUACACAUGGCAAUCCCUUUUAGCCUUUUGGACACGCAAGUUUUAAAUCUCUCUUGUAGAACACUUAAAGAUAUUCACAGCUUCUUUAAUGUUACAAACAAAUGUCAGUUUUUCUCCGAGGGAUUCACUGUCUCGUUGACGCGACCCUCUUGUUAUUCUUUUUUUCUUGUGCCGAUGCAAGGGUUCUGGGUCAGAUUGUCCCAAGUGUACCGACAGUUAGCAUUAGCAUGAAGACGUGGUUGUCUUGACCAGUACUGUUUCUGUUUUUAGGGUGUGGUUAAUAAUGAUCCUUGCUGUAUGCCGAUCACAUUUCAUAUUUUGUUUUAGACCUGUCAUAAUUAAGAGUAGAAAUAGCCAGGGAUUUUCUAUUCUUGCUUGUUUGAUGGUACCAGAUAGCUCAAUCCCACACUCUUUGUACUUUACUCUCCAGGUGUCAUUUUUCAUUCCCUUGUACAUUUUUUGUAUUUUUGAGAAUGUUUCAUUAUGUAGGUUGGAGUAUUUUGGUAGCCCUUCACUAAUGUGCAACCUAAAUAAAAUACAUACUUCACGUGCAGUGUUGUGCCUGAACGCGUUCAUUGAACGAUAGUUCAUGAACUCGUUCAUAUUUUGGGCGAACGUGAACUGAACAUACUGCAUUA